AUGCGACUUUUCAAGAUGCUGCCACUGUAUGCCAGGGCGUCUAUAGCGACAGGAGCCUGCCUGAUGCUUUGGGGGCUUGAUACUGGCAGCAUAGGCCCAAUAACGGCAAUGGAGACCUUCAAGACCUCCUUCGGCAACUUCUCUGCCAUCGUCCACGGCGCAAUCGUCUCAACCCUCCUCAUCACCGGCACAAUCAGCGCCCUCCUCGCAGGCAUUCUAGCCGACCAACUCGGCCGGGUCGCCAUGAUCUCAACCGGCGCCGUCGUUUUCGGUCUCGGGGCUGCUAUCGAGUGCGGCGCCGUCCACCUCGCAAUGUUCAUCGCCGGCCGCGCCGUGAAGGGUCUCGGGACGGGACUCUUCGUCAGCACCGUUGCCGUGCAGAUCUGCGAAAUCACACCUGCCAAGACGCGAGGCUUCUGGGUUGCUUUUUCCCAGUUUAUGCUGACGGUGGGAUUGUCCAUGGGAUACUUUAUCUGCUACGGCACGCGUCGUAUAGCGGAUUCUUCGGCGUCGUGGAGGGUGCCGCUGGCAGUUGAAGCCAUCUUGGGCUUCGGUCUGGCUGCAACGACGCUUUUUGUGCCUCAGUCGCCUCGAUGGUUGAUGGCCAAGGGGCAAAUCGACAAGGCUAGACUAAUCUUUACUCAGCUUGGUAUUAGCGAGGAAGAACAGCGGGAGAUGCUGGCGCAUAAGGGCGGCCAGGAAGCAGCGGCGGCGGCGGUACAUCCAUCAGACAUGAGCAUGAUGGACACCAUCCGAGCGACGCUCCAAGACUUCCGGAAAGCUCUGUCCACGCCCUUCCGCUCCCGCACCGCCUUUGGCUGCUUCUUGAUGGUCGCACAGCAGACCAGCUUCAUUGACGGGAUCCUGUACUACGCCCCCCUACUGUUCCAACAAUCAGGUCUCUCAGAGGAGACCACAUUCCUCGCUUCGGGGAUCUUGGCUUUAGUGAUCAUGGGUGUCACCAUCCUGGGUGCCAUCUUCACAGACAAUUGGGGUCGUCGGACCUGCACCAUCGUCGGCGGGGCGGGCAUCGCAAUUCUCAUGUUCCUGAUGGGGUCAAUGUACGCCGCCAACCAGGUGCGCCUCGACGGUGGCGUUGGACGGUGGGUGGUGAUUGCAUCUAUAUACGUCUUCGCCGUCGUCUUCAACGGAACCUGGGCGAUCUGUAUCAAGGCUUUUUUGGUUGAGAGCCUCCCGCGCGAAACGAGGUCUAGCGGCGCAGCGCUGGGGCAGGCGGCCAACUGGCUGACUAACUUUGUUGUUGCAUUGACUGCGCCGCCGUUCCUUGCUGUUUCGUCUUCUGGGACGUACUUCUUUUACGGCGGAUGUACGCUUGUCAGCGUUAUCGUCUGCGCGGUUUGGAUGACGGAGACGAAGAGCCAGAGUCUAGAGGCCAUUGAGGCGGCGUACAUUGAGCGCAAGUCGGGCAAGCCUGAUAAGAAGGUGACGUGGACGACGACAACAGAGGUAUUCAGCAGUUCUGAGAGGCUGUAG